CGAGGAGUUCAACGGAGGUUAGGAUAGAUGGGGGGCAUGUCUUUCUCGAAGUGGCCACCCUAUAUCUACUACGAUCAUAGGAAGCGUUUAUAAUGGCACGGUGGUUCUGCAUUUUGCUUUCAUCAUCGCUGGAGAUGCAGACGCAUCUGGGGGGAGGGCUAUUGGUGGUUUUUUUUUUCUCCUUUUCUUUUUUCUUUAACAAACAGGAUCUGGCAUUGAUAGUCACAGGAACAGCAUGGACACACAUGGUACCGGCAUCUCGGAUAACUAGCAUUUGGAACAACAAAAAAGGCAUGGUCAUAUUUUUUUGGCUGGCAACUUGGAACGUUUUGAAGUUGAGCAUAGGAGUUUACGGCAAACCCCCCACCACCCUCUUCUUCCCCCGAUACGACAAACGAUUUUUAUAAGCAAACGUCAAUGUGUGUAUGCAUGGGGGAGAACAACGCAUAUUAUUUAUUAUUUAUUAUACUUGAUACCUCCCUAUAGUAGACGGCAAAUGCCGACGUAGAAUAUCGAAUGGAAGAAAUCUUAUCUAACACUUUUCUGUCUGCGUUUUAAUGUGACAUGUAUGUGUGUGUUUGAAGAUGCGUAUCGCUUUGCAUGUUAGUACGCA